AUGGGGACCAUCUCUGGUGCCAGCCUUGUGCUUGGUGGUCUGCUGCUGCUGCUGCUCCAGGCCCCAGGCAUCCUCGGCCUGACCCCCCAGCCCAGAGGGCAUCUGUGCAGGACUCGGCCCACGGACCUGGUGUUUGUGGUCGACAGCUCACGCAGCGUGCGGCCCGUGGAGUUUGAGAAGGUGAAGGUGUUCCUGUCCCAGGUCAUCGAGUCUCUGGACGUGGGGCCCAACGCCACCCGGGUGGGCGUGGUCAACUAUGCCAGCUCCGUGAAGCAGGAGUUCCCGCUGCAUGCCCACAGCUCCAAGGCCACGCUCCUGCAGGCCGUGCGCCGCAUCCAGCCGCUGUCCACUGGCACCAUGACCGGCCUGGCCAUCCAAUUCGCCAUCACCAAAGCCCUCAGCAAUUCCCAGGGAGGGCGAGCCCGGUCCCCCCACAUCAGCAAGGUGGUCAUCGUGGUGACCGACGGGCGGCCCCAGGACAGCGUGCGGGACGUGUCUGCGCGGGCCCAGGCCAGCGGCAUCGAGCUGUUCGCCAUCGGCGUGGGCCGCGUGGACAAGGCCACGCUGCGGCAGAUGGCCAGCGAGCCGCAGGACGAGCACGUGGACUACGUGGAGAGCUACAACGUCAUCGAGAAGCUGUCCAAGAAGUUCCAGGAGGCCUUUUGCCUGGUGUCGGACCUGUGUGCCACCGGGGACCAUGACUGCGAACAGGUGUGCCUCAGCUCCCCGGGCUCCUACACUUGCGCCUGCCGUGAAGGCUUCACCCUCAACAGUGACGGCAAGACCUGCAACGUUUGUGGUGGCGGCGGCGGCAGCAGCUCAGCCACCGACCUGGUCUUCCUCAUCGAUGGUUCCAAGAGCGUGAGGCCAGAGAACUUUGAGUUGGUGAAGAAGUUUAUCAACCAGAUCGUGGAUACGCUGGAUGUGUCCGACAAGCUGGCCCAGGUGGGGCUGGUGCAGUACUCGAGCUCUGUGCGCCAGGAGUUCCCGCUGGGCCGCUUCCGCACCAAGAAGGACAUCAAGGCGGCCGUGCGGAACAUGUCCUACAUGGAAAAGGGCACCAUGACCGGGGCUGCCCUCAAGUACCUCAUUGACAACUCCUUCACGGUGACCCGCGGGGCCAGGCCCGGGGCCCAGAAGGUGGGCAUUGUCUUCACAGAUGGCCGGAGCCAGGACUACAUUAACGACGCCGCUAAGAAGGCCAAGGACCUUGGCUUUAAGAUGUUUGCUGUAGGCGUGGGCAAUGCGGUGGAGGACGAGCUGAGGGAGAUCGCCUCGGAGCCCGUGGCAGAGCACUACUUCUACACGGCUGACUUCAAGACCAUCAACCAGAUUGGCAAGAAAUUGCAAAUGAAGAUCUGUGUGGAGGAGGACCCGUGUGCCUGCGAGUCCAUUGUGAAGUUCCAGACUAAAGUGGAGGAGCUGCUGCAAGCUCUGACCCGGAAGCUGGAAGCUUUGAGCAAGCGGCUGGCUCUCCUGGAGAACAGAAUCGUCUAAGACCCCUGCCCGGCUGUGGCCUUUCCAUGUGCUGCAGCCUGGAGGGGCUCAGAGAGUCCUGUGGGUGUCUCCCACCGCCCCCACUUUAGUCUAGCUGUGCCAUUUCAGCGAGGGAGGCUCUGCAGGUGCAGGGCCCUGGGUGCGCCUUCCUGGCCUCUGCUAUCCCAGAAACCCGUGGGAAGGGGGAGGUAUGGUGUGUG